AUGCUUGCUUGUUUCUACCAUACUACAGACAAUAUUCACAUAUCAACUUUUUUACAAAAUCGACCACAACGUGAAAAUGUAGAACUAAAACAAAAUAAAUUUAAAAUCAUUCAUAUGAGCACAGAACCUGCAUAUUUACUAGCAACAUAUGACGGAUCAAAACCUUAUGCCGAUGACGAUCAUGCUCAACAAGCAGUUGUUACUGGUUUAAAAUUAGCAGAUGUUUGUAAAACAAAUUCAGAGACAAUUGUGGUCGAUGUUGGUGCUUUUUUAGGAGAAUUUGGAUUAUACUUCGCUGAUUGUGGCUGUCAGGUUUAUAUGUUCGAAGUUCAACCAGAUAUACUAGAGUGUAUCACCGAAUCAAUUCAUGCCAAUACUUUCCAAUCACGAAUUAAGCUUUAUUCAAACGCCGUCCACGAUCAAGCUGGUCAAAUACUUACCUUCAAUUCUGUUGGUGGUUUAACAUCACAAACAACUGGAGGCUCUUUUAAUACAACAACCGUAAAACUUGAUGAUGUAUUUUCAAACUUGAGCAUAUUUUUGAUUAAAAUAGACGUCGAAGGAUUCGAAUAUAAUGUGUUAAAAUCCGGUGAACAAUUAUUUCACGAAAACCGUAUUAAACAUGUUAAGGUGCUCAUGCGUUUAAAAUCUCUUCGUCGUCCGCGUCCAGUAUUUGAAACGGAAGGUGCUUUCGUCACUGGAAAUAAAAUUGAUUUAACAAAUGACACCAUAACAAAAUAUUGUUAUCAUAGAGAUUCAAUAAAUAAUGACAAUUCAAGACAAAGUUCAAAUCAUUCACCUAAACAUCUUGAACAAAUUCGUCAAACUCUCUCUUCAUGUGCACCAAUACAAUCAUAUCAAACAAUUGAAGCGGCGUAUCUUGAACAUGGAAUAAAAAUUCAUAUUUUAAAAACAACAAAUAACGUAUCACCAACGAUGAAAGUAAAAAAAGAAAAUACACCAUCCUUAUUAACACCAAACGCCAAACCAUUUAUUCGUUAUAAAACAUUCUCUUAUAACAAGCAAAAUUAUAAUCCACAACAACGUUCAACAAGUGUAUUACAAUGUUCAAAAAAUUAUAAUGAUGGAGCAAAAAUUGAAAGAAAUCAUAUGCGACCAUUUAGCGAAUUACAAACUACCUCAUCAACAAUGACAGAUGAUUUUAAUAAAAAUCAUGUUUUAAACGUUUCAUAUGCUGUCAAUGAACAACAACAAAUGAAUCCGUUCAGUGUUCAUUCAUCAUCUCUUAUUGCUAGUGAAAAUUCUGAUACUGUCGAAGAUACUGAAAGUACAUUGACGGCUAUUAGAACUCAAUUAUCCGUAAGAAAAAAAGAAAAUGAACUAAAAAAGUCUCUAAAUAAUAAGAUUAGAUUUAAUGAGGAGGUUGAUCAAUUAUCGUCACGAUCACCUCCUCAACAACAACAACAAGUUAAAGAAGAAGAUCCAGAUUUUAUUUACAUGUGUAAUCUAUUGAAGAAAAACACAGGAGAAACCUAUACAAAUACCAUUCGUCGUCAGGCUGGUUUUCGUAAUACAUUUGCUGUACAUCGUCGAUCAUCUCAAAAUCUUCUUCUUGAUAAUGAAUUGGAUAACAAAAAUCAUUACAAUAAACCGUUAACAUCACGUAAUCAUAUCGAUAUUGUUUCUCAUCCAUCAUCCACAAUUAAAAAAUAUUAUAGAUCUGAUUAUGAUUACAAUCAACAGCAUCAAAUGAAUACAAAUCAACAAUACAAAUCAUCGGUAAUAUUUACACAAAAAAAAAUUGAAAAAGAUAUUGUUAAACAUGCAUCACGAAUACGAACAACACAAUCGAAAGAUUAUUAUUCAUUAAUUAAUAGUGGUAAUCGUUUAUUAUCAGCUUGUACAAAUACAAAUACAAAUAUCAACAGUAUUAGUCAGAAGAAUGUUAAUCAAAAUCAAAGUAAUAAACACCGAACAACAACUUAUCAACCACCAUCAUCCAUCAGUCUUAAACCACUUCAAAUUUUACUAAAUACACCAGUUUCAACAGAAUCAUCCAUUAUAAAUUUGAAGAAUACUUCAUUAUCGAAGCAAAAUAAUGAAUUACCAGAAAUAACUGUAUCAUCGUUGAAUCUAACGACUUAUAAAUCGCCUGUACGUAAGAAAAAAACUGUUCGUCGUAAAAAAACAUCCAAAUAUACUCCAGAAGUUGAUUUAACAACAUCUUCAUCUGACAUUAGUAGUAAUGAUCUAUUACUAAAAGUAUCAUCAACAACAACAACAACAACAUCUUUUUUUGGUGAUUCGUUGCCAUUAUCAAAGAAAGAAUCAACACCAGUUGCUGAUGUUGACCGUCAAUCAAGUUCAUUAGACAGUGGUUAUGAUCGAUCAGAUUCACAGAGUAUUGUAUCCGGUUUAUCAACCAUACAAAAUACAUUGUCAAUACGCUCAUCGACACGUCUAACAAAUUCGACUUUAUGUGUACGUAGUAAAAAGAGAGUAUCAUUCGGUGAUGAAACGAUUACCUAUCCAUAA